AUGCUCGAACCCUCUAAUCCACCCACAGAAGACGUCCUCGACAUCCUCAAGACCAGCACCGCCGCCCGUCACCCCUCUGCCACCCGCACCACUUCCGCCAACACCGCCGCAACUCGCCCAAAAGAGUCCGCCACAACACGCUUCGCCCGCGGCGCUGGUCUUGACAGCACAACGCCCUCGCGCGAGCUCGCAGAAUCCGAACGCCUGGCACAGUACCAACGCCAGAUAUACCGGAAAUGGCAGCCAGGUGAUGUGUACGCGCCGCAUGAUUUGAGCGGCACAGAGCAGAAGAAGUGGAAGUAUGGACGCAAGAAGCCGCAGCAGGAUGCUUUUGAUGUGUUGGGAAUUAACCCUGUAUUGGAGUACAAGAACUUUACAAUGAUGUCCGAAUACAUGACCGAGAUGGGGAGGAUAAAGCAUUCCAAAGACACGGGGUUACGGCCUAAGAACCAGAGAAAGAUUGCUAAGGCGAUACGGAGGGCAGUGGGUCUGGGCCUUAUGCCUAGUGUGCAUAGACAUCCGUUGGUGCUGAAGAAGAGUUCGCCGAGCAGGUUCUUAUAA